AUGAAGAAGCAAAGGAGAGAUGGGGGUUCCUCCUCCAGCCGCAUAGCCGAUGCGCGCUUUGCGAGCUUCGAAACUGACCCUCGAUUCCGCCUGCCGUCCAAGAAGCACACCAAGACGACAAUCGACAAGAGAUUCUCGGGCAUGCUCAACGAUGAAGACUUUACCGCCACCGCAAAGGUCGAUCGAUACGGCCGGAAAGUCCAGUCAGACGCCAAGAAGAAGGCUCUCCAGAGGCUGUACCAAACUGAAGAAGACGAACAAGACGGCCAGCCUGCCGACGAGGCAGAGGACGACAACGUGGACGACGUGGACGACGACGAGCUCGUCCAGAGGGAGCUGAGGGCGGCACACGAGAAAGCUACGCAGAAAGCGCACGAUCCCGCUCGCCAGGGCGGCUUCUCAUCCUCAGAGUCGGACUCGGACGAUGACUCGUCGGCAGACGAAGACGACGAGGACCAAGAGGAUGGCGGCGUGGGCCUCGUUGCGCAACACGACAUGCAGCGCCUCCAGGGCCAACACGCAGAGGUGGAGAUAGGCGAAGUCACAAGCCGUCUGGCCAUUGUUAACCUGGACUGGGAUCACGUCAACUCCACCGACCUCAUGGCCCUCUUCUCCAGCUUCAUCCCGCCCAGCUCUGGGCGCAUCCUGAAAAUCUCCGUCUACCCUAGUGAGUUUGGCAAAGAGCGCAUGCAGCAGGAAGAAGUCGAAGGGCCUCCCAAGGCUCUCUUCAAGGAUGAGCCGGGAGACGACUCCGACUCCGACUCCGACGCCUCCAACAGCGACAGCGACAGCGGGGACGAGGACAUCAAAAAGGAGCUGAUCAAGGAGGGCGACGAUCAAGACUUCGACAGCGACGCGUUGCGCUCUUAUCAAUUGGACCGCUUGCGUUAUUACUACGCCGUCAUGGUCUGCUCGAGUCCAGAGACAGCCAAGAACAUUUACGAGGCGACCGACGGGACCGAGUACCAGUCCUCGUCCAACGUGAUUGACCUGCGGUUCGUUCCCGACGACGUCGCCUUUGAUGACGAGGCUCGGGACGAGUGUUCCACGGUGCCCGACUCAUACAAGCCCGUGGACUUUGUGACCAACGCGCUGCAGAGCUCCAAGGUGAAACUGACCUGGGACAUGCACCCGGAAGAAGCAUCGCGCAAGGAGUCUAUCAACCGGGCAUUCAGCGGGAGUCGGAACGAGCUGGAGGAGAACGAUUUGCGAGCCUACCUCGCCAGCGACAGCGACGGCGAAGAGGAGGAUGCGGAUAAAGGCGAAGACGAUAGAAGUGGAGCUGGCGAGCCAACGUUGACCAAGAAGGAGCUCGCCCGCAAAAAAAUGCGAGAGGCGCUUGGACUGGCAGAUGAAGCAGCGUCGAGUCGCUCAAAAGACGGACCCGUCGGCGAGAUGCAAAUCACGUUUGCCCCGGCACUUACAGACCGCAAGGCAAAGGAGCCCGACCAAGAAGAGACGACCAUUGACAAGUACAAGCGCAAGGAGCGGGAACGGAAAGAGAGGAAGCGACAAGACGCAAAGGCCAGGCGCGAGGCUCCCUCGCAAGGUGAAGACGAGGAGGAGAUGGCAGUGGAAGAGGGUGCCGAGGACGAUGCAGGGUUCGGAGACCCGUUCUUCACGACGGACGAACCUGCUGCCGCGCCGUCCAAGACGUCUAUGCGCAAAGAGGAGCGGCGCAAGAAGCGCGAGGCGCGCCAAGCGGCUGAAGCCGAGGUGGCGGAACAAGCAGCACGCUUGUCUAAGGUCAUGGCCGAGAGCGCGGACGAGAAUCGGGCUGACCAUCUGGAGCAUUUCGACAUGAACGAGAUUAUGCGGGCGGAGAAGGAGGAGACCAAGAAGGCAAGGAGGAAGAAGAAGAAGAACGAGGGAAGCUCAGGCCGGGGCGGUCUCCAGCAAGGGUUCGAAUUGGACGUGGGCGACGAUCGAUUCAAUGCCGUAUUCGACAGUCACGAGUUUGCGAUUGACCCGUCAAACCCCAAGUUCAAGGCAACGGGGGGGAUGAAGAAGUUGCUGGAGGAGGGGCGCAAGAAGAGGAAGGCUGGCGACAAUGUGGAGAGGGGAGAGACUGCAAGAGGGGCGAGCAAGAGGGCGAAGAAGGGAGGGCGGUAA